AUGGGAAGUAGUGUUUCAUCUAGAAUAAAUGAAUUCUAAAAAAUAGAGGCCGAUCUUAAAUUGACCACUCUACCUGACUUAGAUAAAGUAUAUCUAAAUAUAUUCUAUAGCUUUUAAUUGUUGCUUAAGAUCUUCUUAAAGUUACUGAGCAACUUAGACAAAGGAUUGUAUCUUAUUAUGACUUAAUGAUGAGAAUAGUCAAAUUACAACAUUACAAAGAUGUCACUUUGAUUGAUGCCUUUAAAAUAUGGUAUUUGUGUACUCUUGUAUGUAAUGAUUCAAAAGGAGACAGUGUUUAAUUUGAAUGUAAAAUUGAGAAUUUUGAUUAAGAAGUUGCAUCAGAAAGUCUUAAGAAACUUAUGAUUUUUGUAUUGACUUUCAUUUAUACUUAGGGCAGUGUAGUGGCCUUUGCAAUUGAAGACAAAUUUAUUUAAGAUGAAAAAGAAUAACUGAUAAUUUGUGAUACAGGAAUCUGUGGAGAUUUUAAAUUACAAAUAUGGCCAUUCAUUUGUUCAUCAUUCUUAACUUAUUUAAGAUCUGCUUAUAGAUUGGCACCAUUUUUAGAAGAGAAAAUUAAUAGCCAAAUUAAUUUAAUAAGGAAAUAUUUGGAUGUACAUAAAACAGAGAAAUAAACAAAAAUGAUAAAUUAAUAAACCCUGACUCGUCUUUGUGAAUAAAUGAAACAUUUUAAUUAACUUGUAGAUAGAUAUCAUUAAGAAGUAAAAUUAUUUACUAAAAAAUACAAAUAAAUCAUGGAAGAAUUACAUCCUUUAAGUUAAGAAGUAUUGAGAGAAGAAGGAAAUCAAAAUUACAUUUUUAAUGAUGAGUAAUCAUUUAUUAAUUAUAAUUAUAUAGGAGAACUAUCUUAAAAACUAAAAUACAAGAUAUUGUUAGAAAAUAUGCAUCUGACUAUUAACUAAAAGAAGUUGCAUUAAUGUAAGAAGAAAUUAAAUUGAAAGAAUAAAGAAGAAAAGUAAAACCAAAAACUAAGUUAUAAAGAAGAAGAACUGAAUAAGCUGCUCUAACAUUUCCAACUACUUAUCAUUGGGUGGGUCAUGAGUAUUUUGAUACUUUCUUUUCAGCCUAAUCAUUAACUUUGUCUGAAUUAGAGGAUUGUCGUGCUUAAGGAGAAGAAGCUAGAAAAAAAUUAUUUAAAAUUACUGGAGUGAAUUAAUGGAGAGAUAAUACUAUUAAAAGUGUUUUUGAAUGUUUAACUUGGAUUUUAUCUGCUGAAUUUGAUAAGAAUCUAAAAAAUUAAGAAUUUAAAUUACUUAAAGAUGAACCUUGGAUUGUUUUUAUCAGAUAAAAAAAACAUAAAUUUACUGAUCUUUCUGAAGAAAUAGUUACUCAUUUAAAAGUAUGGUUGAAAUAUUUCAGUCCAAUCAGAUAUUAAAGAAUUUGUAAUUAUUAGUAUAUAUUUAUUAAUAUAAUUAAUUAGUUAAGAUUUUUUAAAAAGAUAAAGAGAACUUGAAAAGAACAAAUUGGAAUUUCAUCAUUUAAUUAGAGAUCUUCCUCCUUAAAAUUAAUAUAAUGCACUUUCAAGUUUUACUAAAAAUAUUAGAGUAAAUGAAACUUAUUUAAGUAAAAUUGAAAAACUUUUUGAAAUGACUAUAGAAAGCAAUGGUAAAAUGGGAGAAGAAUUAUAUGAUAAUUGGUAAGAGAUUGUUGAUUAAGCUGAUUCAAUUAAAUAUUAAUUAGGAACUCCAUUAAAUGAAUUUAUUAAAGAAUUUAGACCAAAUACUUUGGCUGAAUUGGAUCAAUUAUAAAAUAGAAAAGCAGAAAGAAGAUAAACUAAAUUAUCUAUUGCCUGUAUAGAAAUUUGA